ACCCUUUUCCGUUAAAUGGCCGUAAGGCCUUUUGGAUUCAUCAUUCCUCGCCACCACCGCAACCGUCAUCUCCCUCCAAUUUCGACGUCGUUUGCGUCCACUCUCAUCCGCUCUCUCUCUUCUAGGGCGUCGCUUCCUCUCACGCUCCAACAGGUCAAACCGCCGCCUCCAUCUUCGUCGCAAUCGAAACAGCUACCGGAAAAGCUGGCGCAGAAGAUAGGAAAAGCCAUUCGCCGCCCGGGCGCGGCCUCCAAGUCCCGGGUUUAUUCCGAUGUUAAUGUUAUCCGGCCCAAAGAGUAUUGGGACUACGAAUCACUUACGGUUCAAUGGGGGGAGCAGGAUGAUUACGAGGUGGUUAGGAAGGUCGGAAGGGGGAAGUAUAGUGAGGUUUUCGAGGGCAUCCACACCACAGAUAAUGAGAAAUGCGUAAUUAAAAUCCUUAAGCCCGUUAAGAAGAAAAAGAUUAAGAGGGAGAUUAAAAUCCUCCAAAAUCUAUGUGGUGGACCAAAUGUUGUAAAGUUGCUGGAUAUUGUUAGGGAUCAGCAUUCAAAGACUCCAAGUCUCAUUUUUGAAUAUGUGAAUAACACAGAUUUUAAAGUGCUUUACCCAACUCUGUCUGACUUUGAUGUUCGAUAUUAUAUUUAUGAACUUCUCAAGGCAUUGGAUUAUUGCCAUUCUCAAGGAAUCAUGCACCGUGACGUGAAGCCUCAUAAUGUUAUGAUUGAUCAUGAGCGUCGGAAGCUUCGGUUAAUAGAUUGGGGACUUGCAGAAUUUUAUCAUCCUGGAAAGGAAUAUAAUGUCCGUGUGGCUUCUAGAUAUUUUAAAGGCCCUGAACUCCUUGUUGAUUUACAAGACUAUGAUUACUCAUUGGAUCUGUGGAGUCUUGGUUGCAUGUUUGCAGGAAUGAUAUUCCGGAAGGAGCCAUUCUUUUAUGGGCAUGACAAUUAUGAUCAACUUGUCAAGAUUGCUAAGGUAUUGGGGACUGAUGAAUUAAAUGCUUAUCUAAACAAGUAUCAUUUGGAAUUAGAUCCACACCUCACAGCCCUUGUUGGCAGGCAUAGCAGGAAACCAUGGACAAAAUUCAUCAAUUCUGAGAAUCAUCAUUUAGCUGUCCCUGAGGCAAUUGACUUUGUGGACAAGUUACUUCGCUAUGAUCACCAGGAAAGGCCAACUGCAAAGGAAGCUAUGGCCCAUCCAUACUUCUAUCCCAUAAGAAAUGCGGAGAGUAGCAGAACUCGUACACAGUAGGAUGACUGCUGGACUUUGGUGUUUCGUUCUUGCAUAUUGUGAUAUUUGUACUCAUUCAUCAUUCUGCAACAAUGGCAUAUAGUGUUGGUCGUUUGUACUGAUAUUUUGAUUUCCAUUUAGCUUAACUUAAUCCUUCUUAAUAUUGGUUUUUAUUCUUCCUUGAACAUGAGGUGUUUUCUGUUGAGAAGUUAGUGAUUUGGUUGUUUAGUUCUGUUUCUUGUCAACAAA